AUAUGAAACAGGGUAAAUCCCGGACACGUGGGGGAGAGCACUAAAGAGCUACCCCUCACUUACGUAUAGAUCGUGAUUAAUGGACUUAUUUGUUGUAGGGCUCCCAACAUAACAUAGUUCUUUUUUCUUUUUUCAUUAUCUUUGCUGAAGCUCUUCAUUCGCAUACCAGAUAAACGUUCGUGUCACCGUCUUCUACUUGGAACAUUACUGACUUUAUUUUCAUGUGUGUUAGCAAACGACAUCAAGUACAAAGUACAACUCACUUCCAAUCAUUGGAAGUCAUGUAGUCCUCAGCAUGGACAUUAUCCGCCUGCGGAUCAAGGUAGAUCAUCAAAUUGUAUAAGUAACUCUCGCAUGAACCGGUGUUCGAUCCUAUGAAUCAUCAGCUUGCCUUUCAUUCACCAUCUUAUUAGUAGGAUGAAAUAAAAGUGCCGCUGAUGAGGGGUCGUUCUGAGAUUAUACGGUUAUAUGAACUUGAUCUGGAUAAUACCAGCGAAAGGAUCAUGCUCUUCCAUUCCGUCCUCAUGGACGUCACUAAUCUCUCACAGGUAAAUUAACUUUCCAAAAUAUCGAAAAUGGCACCACCAUCCGCAGUCGAGGCAAAUUCUCCCAUCGACGGAGUUCAUUUGAAAUCCGCCUUUGACGUCAAAGCUGUUCCUGCUCAGGCUGCUACCCAAGGCAAAACACUUGCUGAACUUGCUGAGAAAUGGGAUCAAGGAUUUACCUUUGCUCCUAUCCGUGAGUCACAAGUCUCGCGUGCUAUGACUCGCCGUUACUUCAAAGAUCUUGAUACAUAUGCCGAGUCUGAUAUUGUCAUCGUUGGUGCCGGAUCUUGCGGUCUAAGCACUGCAUAUAUGCUCGGCAAGGCUCGUCCAGAUCUCAAAAUUGCCAUCAUUGAGGCUUCUGUCUCUCCUGGUGGUGGAGCUUGGUUGGGAGGACAACUAUUCAGUGCUAUGGUUAUGCGAAAGCCUGCCGAUGCUUUCUUGAUUGACCUUGGUGUUCCAUUCGAAGAUGAAGGAGAUUUUGUUGUGGUCAAGCAUGCCGUAUGUUUUAUUCUUCGCAUCAUUCAACUUACCUCUAUAUAUUCGCUCAAAUUAAAUAACGGCGCUAACAAUUGGUGACCAAUAGGCUUUGUUCACUUCCACUCUUUUGUCCAAGGUUCUAGCCUUCCCGAACAUCAAAUUGUUUAAUGCAACCUCAGUUGAGGAUCUCAUCACACGUCAAACUGCCGAUGGUAACAUCAGAAUUGCUGGUGUAGUUACAAAUUGGACAUUGGUUACAAUGCAUCAUGAUGAUCAAAGUUGCAUGGACCCAAACACAAUCAAUGCUCCUAUCGUCAUUUCAACCACUGGUCAUGAUGGUCCAUUUGGUGCAUUUUGUGUCAAGCGUCUUGUAUCCAUGAAUCAAAUCAAAGAACUCGGUGGAAUGAGAGGUCUUGAUAUGAAUGUAAGCAUAAGGUUUUUUGUCCUAGACUAUGUUCUUUCUAAUUUCGUCUCUCUACUACUGAUGCAUCUAUUUCUCUACUCUGCAGUCGGUUCUUAGUAGAAAUUUAUUGACUCAGAUGUCAUAGGUCGCUGAAGAUGCCAUUGUCAAGAAAACCAGAGAAAUUGUUCCAGGUUUGAUUGUUGGAGGUAUGGAAUUAUCCGAGGUUGAUGGUGCAAAUCGUAUGGUAUGUCAUUCAACUAAUCAUUACUUCGCAUCACAAUUCUAACAUGAGUUUUUACCAUAGGGUCCUACCUUCGGUGCAAUGGCACUCUCUGGUGUAAAAGCCGCUGAAGAAGCUUUGAAGGUUUUCGAUGAGCGUAAAGCACAAAAUGCCUACUAGGCCUAUGUAUUUCGUGUGUUGGGAAGAACACAAAUCUUAGUCUAUAUACGAGACUACCAAAGUACAUGAAUUAAAUAGCACAACGAAUAUGAUUAUUUGCUUACAAUCGUCUUGAACAUGUUUCA